CCGCCUCCCGGCUGCGGACGCCCGAGGGCAGGUUGUUGUUUUUAUGAGGCGUCACGGGGGCUUGGAGCUGUGCCCGCCGCCACCGCGACAGCCAGCAGUCGGGCGGAGGUGGCGCUGCCCCGCAGAAUCGGCCUCGUUGAUCGUGACGCCCUCGGUAGCAGCUGUCGCACGUCGUGCCUUGUACACCCUACGCGCUCAUCUCCGUCUGGUGAACCUGACUCUGCGAUUGCGAGCGCCAGUUUUAACAGACUCAGCCAAUUAAGGUAUUUUGUUGAGUAGGUGAUAUUUUGCACUGCUGUUUACUGUAGCUUUAUUAAAAAACGGAAGAGGGCUUUUUUGUAGGUAGAAUAGGUAACUGCAUUAAUACUGGGAAUUUAGGAGAGCUGCCUCCUCCGGUAAGGUCACAUCUGCUUGAAACCGCAUCUGUUAGAGCAUCAUACCUUUUGGCUUGAGGUCUUGAAUCUUACUAGGCCCCACGUUUCUCUGGGGAUAUUUAUUACACGUCGGAUGCUAGUGUGGGUGGCUUACUAUUGUUUACUGAGAUAGGUCAUAAAGGAAGGGAAGGCGAGAGUCAGGGUAUGGUUUCAAUGCAUAAUUUUUAACUCUUUUGCCCUAAGGAUGGGAUUUUAGUCAAAGAAGACAUUAAAAAUCGUUCUUAAAUAAUAUUUAAGGGUCUUAGAAAUGCUAAUUUUCAAAUGAAAUAGGUUAGAGAAUAGUGUAAUUUCAAUUUUGUAAACGAAACUUCAAAAUAAUGAGUACAGUUAUCUGUCAAUUAGAAAUAAGAUUGAAAGGAUAGUCACAGUUAUAAAAUUGAUUGUCUAGAUGGUAAAACUACAAACGAUUUUUUUCUUUAUUCGUUUCUGUAUUUUCCAAAUUUUGUACAUUUUUCUUUUGUUAAUUAGGGAAAAAAAAGCUUACUUUUAAAAAACGGAUGCAGACCUCUUUAAACAUUAUUUUAAAAAGCAAUUAAGCAAAAAAAAAGCAACAGCAAAAGCAUAUAGGUAGAGGCCCUGGUGCUUGACAAAUUUAAAUGUCAGUUUGGAGAGAAGGUACAAGAGAUGAAUUAGUUACACAGAAAGAAAAAAACAGAUAUGACUAAUUCGGGCACAUCAUCUUUUGAUCUCUUUUCUUCUUGCCUUAUAAAGUAAAAUCAAAGACCAAAGUGUUUAGUUUUUCUUCAUUUAAGGCAGUACAGUCUGGAUUAAUCCUGUAAUCCAUCAGGUGACAAAGGAUGGGUCAUGUUAACCUAUUGAAGAGACCUAGGUAUAGCAGAGUUUCUUAUUAUUUGUAAGCAUUUACCAGUGGGAAUAAAGAAGUUGUUAAACAGCUAUUACAAAAUAGAAGGCAUUUAUAAGCUUGUUUACAUUGAAUCACUUGGAGUGCUAUGUUUUCUAUGUCAUGUUUUCAGUUGUAUUUGUUUUCUUCUGUGGAUAUGUUUGGAUAUGGAUAAAUAAAUAACAUUAAUUCAUUACUUACCCCACGUUUUAUUUUCUGUCAUAAAGGGCCACAUUGUUCUUCCAUAGAAAUACUCAAUGCAUUUUUCCCAUUAUCAGUCUUAAAAAAUCGGUGUUUACCUCAACUCCUAGUGUCCCUUAACUCUUAAAUAUUUACUCUGAACCCUCCACCCCCUCACCCCCCUGGCUACAGAGUUCAGACUUCAUUUUCUUAGGUUGUCUUCUUUGAAGCUUCACUUCUCUCCCCAAAUUCCAAGCUCUUUCAGUAUUUUUCACUUUUUUUAAUACUUAUGUUCUCUGUUGGCUCAGUAUGUUAUUAUGUUUUAAGUCCAUUUUACAGGGCAUAGGAGACAUUGGUAAUUGGGUAACAUACCUGAUUUACCAGUUGAUUCCACAGUGUGGUUGUCUAGGUUGUGUAAUUUUAAAAAAUGAGGUAGUGACCAACUGCUGAAAUCACAGAAGCAGUGUUUUCUGAACAUGUAAAGAGUGUGGACAUGGUGGCAAGGCCUCUUAAGCCCAGGGUAUUUCAAAACAGAGAAUGCAGACUCAUCUAACAGUGCAGAACUCUUGGAGUCUGAACUGUGUUUGUUUAAGACGCCUGAAAGAUGUCUGAAAAUUCCAGCGACAGUGACUCAUCUUGUGGCUGGACUGUCAUCAGUCAUGAGGGGUCUGAUACAGAGAUGGUGAAUUCUGAACGUGGCCUAGCCAGUGACAGCCGGGAGCUCACUCCAGAAUGUUCAUCUCUAGAGCAAGAGGAGCUACAAGUAUUGCAGUCAGAACAGGGAGAAAACAGCCAAAAUUGCACAAUGUUAACGGGCGAAACGGCUUAUUCAGCUGUGGAAGAAACCAGGUCAGCUCUUAAGGCAGAGGAAGGGAAGUCACCUGAAGACAAUGUGUAUUUUGGAACGGUCAGUGAUGAUUCUGAUAUUGUUACCCUUGAGCCACCUAAGUUAGAAGAAAUUGGAACUCAGGAAGAAGCUGUAAUUGUUAAAGAAGCACAGAGCCCAGAAGACUUUAACAUGGGCUCUUCCUCUAGCAGCCAGUAUACGUUCUGUCAGCCAGAAACUGAAAGGUGGUGGGAGAAGCUGUGGAAGAUUCCUGAAUGCAUAAGGGGAUGGGAUGAUCAGCUGAAACACCAUGUUCCUAGCCAACCCGCUUUCCAAGUAUUUCCGUCUCAACCUGGCGGUGAUGAAUCAAGUAGUGAUGAUACGAGUCCUCAGCCCAGCCCGGCUCUUCGACGGCGCCGUGCCAGGAGGAGGACUGUUUCCGGCUCCGACUCUGAAGACCGAGAAGCCCACCCUUCCAAGGAGGCUGUGCCUAAGCGCCAGUUCACUAGUGGUCUCAACAAAUGUGUUGUCCUCGCUUUGGUGAUUGCAGUCAGCAUGGGAUUCGGACAUUUCUAUGGCACCAUCCAGGUUCAGAAGCAUCAGCAGUUGGUCAGAAAGCUGCAGGAAGAUGAACUGAAUGAUGUGAAGGAUUCUCUCUCUCCAUGUCAGCAGGAACAGGAGUCUCUCACAGACUAUAAGUCAUUGAAGAAAAACCUUGCAAGGUGUUGGACCCUUACUGAAGCAGAGAAAAUGUCCUUUGAAACUCAGAAAAAGAACCUCGCUACAGAAAAUCAGUAUUUAAGGCUAUCUCUAGAGAAAGAAGAAAAAGCCUUGCGUUCAUUACAGGAAGAGUUGAGAAAACUACGAGAACAGAUUCGGGUGCUGGAAGAUAAAGGAACAAGUACUGAAUUAGUUACAGAAAACCAGAGACUUAGGCAGCAUUUGGAAGAGGAACAGAAGAAGACACACAGCGCUCUCAGUCAAAGGGAGACUUUCCUGGCAGAAGCAAAGAUGCUGAAGAAGGAACUGGACAGAGAGCGACUGUUAACCGCGGCCCUAAGAGCGGAAGUCCAGCAGUUAGGCAGUAGUCAGUCAUAUGGCAACCCAGACUCUCCCAAUGUAUUGACUGAAAAAAGGGAAAUAGAAGCCUUACGGGGAAGACUUAGUGCGCUGGAGCAGAAGCUGACCUUUGAACAGCAGCGUUCUGAUCUGUGGGAAAGACUGUAUGUUGAGGCAAAGGACCAAACUGGAAAGCAAGAAACCGAUGGAAGAAAGAAAGGCGGCAGAGGAAGCCACAGGGCUAAAACUAAGUCGAAGGAAACCUUUCUGGGUUCAGUUAAGGAAACAUUUGAUGCAAUGAAGAAUUCAACCAAGGAGUUUGUCAGGCAUCAUAAAGAAAAAAUCAAACAGGCUAAAGAAGCUGUGAAAGAAAAUCUGAAAAAAUUCUCAGAUUCAGUUAAAUCUACUUUCAGACAUUUCAAAGAUACCACCAAGAAUAUCUUUGAUGAAAAGGGGAAUAAAAGAUUUGGUGCUCCAAAAGAAGAGGCAGCUAAAAAAUCAGGAACAGUUUAUCGCGAGUAUUUACAUCCACAGUAUAAGGCAACCACACAAAACCGGAAUAGUAGAGGCCCCACUGGGCAGAGAGCGGGAAGGAGGGAAAAGCCCAUUCACUCUGGAAAACACACGAACUCACAGAGAUGCAGUGCUGAGCAUGACUGUAGUGAAAAUUAUCAUUCUGUGAGAAAGGGUUGUUCUGAUGUAUUUGACUGUGCACGACAGGAAUCCAUUAGUCUUUUUAAUGUAGUGUUGAAUCCUGUAAGGAUAGACGAAUUUAGACAGUUAAUACAAAGAUACUUAUUAAAAGAGCUGGAUGGUUUCCAUCACUGGAAGGAACUUGAUCAGUUCAUCAGUCAGUUUUUCCUGAAUGGCGUCUUCAUACACGACCGGAAGCUCUUCAUCGACUUCGUUAGUGAUGUUAAAGACUAUCUGAAAGCCAUGAAGGAGUAUCAGGUAGAUGAUGAUGGAGCGUUUGAGAAUCUGGAUGGAUAUAUUUACAGACACUUCCUUGGUGACACUUUUUCCCCUCCAUAUGGACCCAGUCGACCUGAUAAAAAGCAACGUACGGUAAAUAUUGAAAACUCCAGGCAUCGAAAACAAGAGCAGAAGUACCCUCAGCCACAGCCUCAUAAAAGGGAAGGUAAAUGGCAUAAGCAUGGUCGCACCAAUGGAAGACACAUGGCACAUCUGGAAAUAGAAUUGGGGCAGUUUCCUUUUGAUCCUAAAUAUUGACCAUCAUGAUUGUUAACUAAAAACUGUAAGAGAAACAUGGAUGUUUUCUACCGUGUUCGGUGUUGAAGCUAAGAUGAAAUUACCAAGAUAACAAUGUCUUUUUUUCAUUUCUAAGUAUCAGUUUGAUGACUUUAUACUGUUACUCAGAAACAUCAAUCAAAAGCUUACUAACCUGCACUUUCCUGUAGUUUUAGCUUUGCUGAAUUUUUUGGGCACUGGAAAUGUUCCGCUCUAGUUUUCUUGUAAAGGAAGCCAGGCAUGCAACAGAUUUUGUGCAUGAAGUGAGACUUCCUUGUAGUGUAUGAGCUUAAAGCAAGCUCAGAUCACACAUGAGAGUGUAAUGAACAGUGAUACUUGCGUCAAGUUUGCAGUAGAGCUUGAAGAAAGUACAUUGUGAUGGAAUUUCAUCUUUAGUAUUUUGUAAUCUUGCUGCUUGUCUUUUGUGGGUUCAAGAGUCCCACUGACUUGUGAAGAAUUUGCUGCCUUCUUACGAGCUUGCUGGCUUACUCUCUUGUGAAAUUUCUUGCACAUCUGAAUACUGUGGAAGAAACAAUAAAACUGCACCAUGAGGAAAACUAAAGGUCUUUAUUUACAAUCUGGCGUUGUGAUUUUAUACUUUGUGACAUUGUGUACAUUUCCUAGGUAGUGCUAUUUGGUAAAGCUGUUCACAGUGGUUUUGUGUUAGUUCCAUGAAUCUUGCCCAGUGUUUACUGAAGUAUCUAAGUAACAUCUGAAUAUUU